AUGUUUACGAAUACCGAUUUCGAGGAUCUCUCGAGGCCUUCCUCGAACACGCCUCACUCUCAGUCGAGUUUGAGUCGAGGGAGUUUCGAGAUAAUGUCAGGGAGUUCAAUUGUGAAAGAUGGUGUUACACUAAUAAAUUCAUAUGGACCCGAGCUGGAUACUCUACGAGAAGGAGAUAUUCUUGGUGUCAUGAGAUCUUGUAAGGGGGAGUUGAUGUUCUAUAUCAACAGUAGAUGUUUGGGUAUUGCAGCUCGAGAUCUGCCGUCAAGAUUAUUUGCUGUAAUAGAUUUAUAUGGGCAAUGUGUGCAAGUAUCUAUAACACAUACGAGUGGCAUGAGAACCAUUAUGGAGAGCAGUUUGGAUCAAAUUGAAGAAGAUCCAAACAACGAUGACACAUUGACUUCCAGUGAGGAUGUGCCAGCGGUUCCCGAGACAUCAUAUCCUAAGGAUCAACAUGAAGUCUGCAUAUCCAUUCCUGCAGAGGGUGCUUGUGCUAUGGUUGCUCAUGAUCGAUUAAGAUUUCAUCCCAGAUGUGGAAUACUCGUGAAGCUCUCGUUGAAUAACAAGACAGCAGAAAGGGCUCGAGCAUUGGAUGAUUACAAUAAUGGCGUCGUGAUGACGCACAGACCUUUAUACGAUAAUGAAUUGUUUGAAAUUCGCAUAGAUAGACUUGUUGAUAAAUGGAGUGGGAGUAUAGAGGUUGGUGUAACAACUCACAACCCGGCCACUAUAAGGUUCCCAUCGACUAUGACGAAUAUGGACUCCGGCACCAUAAUGAUGUCGGGAUGCAAAGUGCUACUCAAUGGACAUGGAACCUGUAUGGAAUAUGGCAACUUCAAUCUUGAUGAACUUAGAGAGGGCGAUACGGUGGGUAUGAUGAGGAAGUCCAACGGCAAACUACACUACUUUAUAAACGGCAUCGACCAAGGCGUCGCUACCGAUAAAGUGGAACAGCAAGUGUGGGGCGUCGUAGACCUCUAUGGAAUGACUGUCAAAGUAUCAAUAGUAGAUCCAUGCGAGGAUAUCGACAGUAACAUCAAUAACAUUCCAACUGUAUCAAGUGUGCCCGAUCUGCCUGCACCUGCUAGUAUGUUCAGGCCACAGAUAGACGAAGAUAGCCUUUUAUUUCAUACGCUGCGUGAUUCGUAUGUUAUUAUUAUUAACGAUGGUAAGACUGCUCAUAGGCCUAAUGCUUUCGAAUUCUUCAACAACAGCGUAGUGAUGACGAACAGAACGCUGCGUACCAACGAGUUGUUCCAAGUGCGGCUCGACCUGGUGAUCCCCAAGUGGGCCGGAAGCAUUGAGAUAGGAGUCACGCAGCACACUUCCAAUGAUAUGCAGUAUGAAUUCAGAAUGAGCAACGCCAUCUCGGGCACUUGGGCAAUGUCAGGAGAAGACGUUAUAAGAGACUCGACAAUCAUGAUACCGCGUUAUGUUAAAAGUCUCAAUGGACUAGUGGAAGGCGACACGGUGGGUGUGAUGAGGAAAGAUAUGGGCAUUUUGCAUUUUUUUGUAAACGGAGCGGAUCUGGGGCCGGCCGCAUUUAACGUUCCUGAACAUGUAUUUGGGAUUAUUGAUCUGUAUGGACGAGCAGCGCAAGCGACGAUAGUAGACUCGUAUUAUCCGCCGCCAGGCUACUCUCCAGAAUCACCGAUUUCUACAGAAUCUAAUGCUACGAUAUAUCCUGAGAUGUGCUUCCACCGUGUACACGGUCGUAACGCGAGGUUGAGUAGGACGCGUCUCACCGCGUCCAGAGCGGCCGUGUACUCGGAGUUCAACGAUGCAGUGCUAUUCAGUUCACGCCCGCUCCGCGAAUGUGAUAUGUUUGAACUGCGAAUAGAUUCUAUGGUGGAUUGUUGGAUUGGCAGCUUGGAAAUAGGUGUGACGGCAAUACGUCCAGACGAUCUGGAAGCGAACGGUCUAGCGGGGACUGCGACGGAUCUCAACUGGGACACAUAUAUACUGAGUGGGGCCGCUAUGAUGAAAGACGGUGAAUGUGUUAGAAGCGGAUAUCCACUUGAUCUGGAUACUCUUACAGUCGGCAGUCGUGUUGGUAUGAUGUGGCACGCCGAUCGUAGUCUACAUUAUUAUUUGGAUGGUAUGGAUAUGGGGAAGGCUUGGUAUGUUCCACAUCUCAAUAUAUACGCUGUGGUCGACCUCUAUGGACAAUGCACUCAGGUAACAAUACUCCAAAAUGAGGAAAGGGCUUUUAACUAUAAUGGAUGCACCUCAGACAAUUCUAUAUUAAGUAACUCUAGAGCUUUAGCUACACCUCCUCCGCCGUAUUGGAGUUUCUCGGAAUAUUGUGGCGAAAACAUUGUACUGAUGCAUGACUACACUCUGGCAAGGCGACUCAUACCUGACCCAAUGGCAGCUUUGGUCUUCAGUUCUACUCAUCUUGCUGUAGGCGAGAUAUUUGAGAUAAAAAUAGUAGCAUGCAAAUACGGCUACGCAGGCAGUUUCCGUAUGGGCGUGACUGACGUGAACAUAUUGAACGCGCACGUCAACCGUAGCCUGCCCCCUUCCGUCGCCUGUCUCCCGCACUACACUGCCUAUAUAGAUGGAAGGUAUAUGCGUUACUCUAAGCCCGGUACCAGAAAGCAAGAAUUGAAAGUGAUUGUGCCUUCAUUUGAAUGGCUGAGAGCUGGUGAUCGAGUCGGAUUUAAGAAAACUAUUGAUAAUCGAGUUUUAGUUUACUACAAUUGCGAACUUCUCGAUACUGCGUUUGAACGAGUGCCUGAUAAAGUCUACGUGGUGAUGGAGAUUUUUGGUGCGGUUUACAAGAUUCAAGCUGUGACUAGAGGAAAUCCGGCGGUAGUUCUGCCACCGACAAUACCAAAUGACUCUGGUCAGUCCAAGCCAGAUUCAGAAGAGGUUUGCGAAACGCAAAUAACCAGCGAUACUACAGAAAUCAGCUCUUCAAUGAUCACUCUGGUGUCCGUCGAGCCCCGUCGUCGAAGGGCCGCCUUGCCCUACACAUUUCACUAUAUACAUGGUCGGAAUAUCAAACUGUGUAGUUCAGACACAGUGGCGAUGCGUACAUCCGGAUAUCAAGAUGCAGUCGCGAUAGUCAGUCAGCCGCUGAGAAGGGGACAUAGAUUUAGGUUUCGAGUCGACAAAAUCGACGACAGCUGGGAUGGAAGCCUCUCUAUCGGCGGUGUUCCGUGUCUUCCUACUGAAGGCGUGCCGGAGUGCGCUAUGCGUCUCGACCCACCUGCUUGGAUUCUUUCCAGUGACUUGCAAUAUAAUGGUACUAACUUAAUACCCCACGUGGCGUCCGAACUAGACGAAGUUGUCGAACAGUCAGUGUUGACUUUGUAUUUCCGGUUUAACAGCGAGUUAGUGGUAGACAUCGAUGGGAAUGUCUUAGGGGUCAUCGGUUCGGUUCCAAGGACAUACAGCCAUGUCUAUCCAUUGGUUGAUCUUUAUGGAAGAGUCUCUCAGAUCUCAGUUCUACUCCACCCAUACUCAGUGGUGACUGGCACAUCGCUCGACUUGCCGGUGAUAGUUGAAAGUCGUCGAGAAGAAGAAUCACUUACAGAAGUAAAUGUAGACACCGCAGAAGAUGAAGAGCCACCGAUAACGGAGAGAGUCGACGUGCGAAGGAAACGGAAAGCCAAAGCGCACAGCCAAGACAAUCUUAUUGAAACCUACGAUCCUAUAAUUGAACCGGGGCCUAGUUCUACUUCCAAACCGCACGUGCCAAUAACCGAUAAUGAAAUCAGGAAUAAAGAGAUUAAAAAUCAAACACCGAGUCGCGUUAUGCAUCAUAGCCUCAUACUGAAUGUAAACGAUAAUAAAGAAACAACGUUCCGAAGCGUUCAAAGGAGUCACUCUACACACGACUUCUGUCGUGUUUCAGAGCCAAUACCCAUUCGGGAGACGCUCCGUCUUACGUACAGUCCCGGAGGUCCCGACGAUAACCAAAUAAACCAUCAGUUUUGUGACACUAAUAUUCGACACAACGAUCGCUAUCCCGAAGCCAAUGACGUGGACAAUUUGGAUAAUGAAAUAAUGGAUGCGUUGACUUUGGAAACGGGAAAUUUGCCAGAUUUAACAGAGGAACAGUCGUCGUCCAUUGACGAGUCGACGCGUCGUGACGAUUUGUGUUCAGAACCUUUGGCUAUUGAAAAUUUGGUCUAUCUAAAUAGAAUACUAAGUUUGGAUCAGGAAGGUGUGGAGGGUCAGAGCUUAGAGGCAGAGUGGGAAGCGUUUGGGGAAGGCUGUGAACAUUUGCACCUCGUGUUGAAGUACUGGAACUAUUUAGUGUUGCCGUAUCCAGAGUUGCGACAGGCGGUGUCUUGGGGCCAGGUCAGGUGCUACUGUAAUAACUGCCAACCUGAUGCGGAAGAAGCUUUGGCUGGUUGGGUGCGUAUAGAGAGGAUAGACGGUGUGGGCGCGGCGUCCCGCGGCUUCUGGCACAUCACGCGGUCGACGCUGGGCGCGGCGCAGACGGCGAGCGCCGAGACGGGCCCUGCAAAGCGACCGCGAUCUCUAGCCUCGUCACCUUCCAACGCGAUAACACUAGGCGAUAUAUGGUUGGAUGAAGAAGGAAAACCGCAUCACACCAUACUGGCUAUUGAAAUUGAUAUCGAAGGAAAUGAAGCGGAGAAAGACCGACUUCUAGCGUUCUUGAUCCAUAUGAAAUCUCAUCAGGUGUUCGUCGACGACCCGCUCAGCUUGGACGAA